AUGAGGUGUACCAAACCCAGCUGGGUUGAACAUUCAGUAGGGGAGAAGAAAGGUCGAUGUCCUAUUUAUAGUAUAUCCGUUCAUCCGGAUGGAACGAGAAUAGCUACGGGAGGAUUGGAUAACAAAGUUAAGAUAUGGUCCACUCUUCCCAUUCUCGACGAAGAAGCAGAGAAAGACGAAGCGAAUCAUAAAUUGUUAUGUACCAUGGCCGCUCAUACUGGACCCGUUCUCACUGUUCGAUGGGCGCAUCACGGACGUUUCCUUGCGACUGGCUCGGACGAUCAGGUAAUCAUGAUUUGGGGAAUAGAUCCUGAAGGAGCAGGAAGGUUAUGGGGAUCCGAGGAAGUUAAUCAUGAAAAUUGGAAAGCUCUCACUAGAUUAGUAGGGCAUGUAGCAGAUGUUGUGGACUUGGCCUGGUCAAGGGACGAUUCGAUGUUAGCUUCUGUAGGAUUAGAUAGUAAAGUUUGGAUUUGGGAUGGUGCUACUUUUGAGCGUCUGAGGAAACUUGAUUUGCAUCAAGGAUUCGUAAAAGGGGUUUGCUGGGAUCCUGUGGGCAACUUUUUAGCUACGCAAUCCGAUGACAAGACUGUGAGGGUAUGGAACACCGAAGAUUGGUCUCUCACACAUACAGUAUCGGAGCCCUUCAAGACGUCCCCGCAGAGUACCUUCUUCCGAAGAUUGAGUUGGUCGCCCGAUGGUGCUUUCAUUGCUGCCUCCAAUGCGAUGAACGGACCCGUCUUCGUAGCUGCUGUCAUUGAUCGAGAGGGAUGGGCAUCGGACAUCUCAUUUGUUGGACACGAGAACACCAUUCAGGUGGCUGCUUUCAACCCCCGUCUCUUCUUCAAGAAGGAAGAUAAACCUGGUAGAGCUACCGCUUCAUGUAUGUUAGCGCUGGGAGCGAAUGACUUCAGCAUAUCUAUCUGGAGGAAUACGAUGCAUAAGCCUUUAGUGGUUUUGAAAGAGGUGUUUGGGCGAGAUUUGCUGGAUAUGUGCUGGUCAAAUGACGGAUACAACCUGUAUGGAUGUUCUGCGGAUGGUUCAAUCUGUGCUGUUUCCUUCUCGCCUUCCGAGUUCCCUGAACUUGGUCAACCGGAGAUGACAGAGCAGGUUUUAGAAGAGUACGAUUACAAGCCCAAACGUCAGCCUGCUCGAGGUGCAUCGAUACAGCCAUUAUCUGUAUCCAAUUCAUUCGGUCCUUCUGCAUCAACAUCCAACGUCGUCAAUGUUCUGCAGCCAAGGAAGAAAGGUCAAGGCUCCAACCGACGAGUGGAUUUACAAAACCCAGCUUCAAACUCGCGAUCUCUUCAGCCACCUUCAAGGGAUCCCUUCUCUGGUCCUAUACAGCAAUUCGGCGGUUCAUCUGGUCAUCAAGCCUCUACGGCGAAGAUGUUUGAGGACGCCCAUACCGCUUUUGCCAAUGAUAGUCAGCAAGUCAACGGUGGGUCACCUCGCGCGGGACUGAAGAGAAAAGCCCCGUUAUCAAGUGAGGAAGAAACGAGAGCUGUCAGAGGAAGAUUGAUGGCUACUACUCCAGCCAACGCUGCACCAGUGGAGGUUCUCAGAGCCCCUUUGUUAACCCCUCAAGCUGGACCUUCAUCUUUUGGUCGAUCGUUACCCGUCCCACAAGUUCAAUCUGUUGUUCGAGCUGCUCUACCUCAAAAUGAAGGUUCAGGCUAUCUCGAAGCCCAUAAUUCCCCUUCCGCAGAGGAAGUCAAUAAGAUCACGUUCGUCAAAGAUGGUCAAGGUCAAUGGGUCGAUUACCUUCCUUCGGCUGUAUUGGCUUUGGCGGUCACUGCAAAAUUAUGCGCAGCUGCUAUGGAGGAUGGAUCGGUUAUGAUUUACUCUUCUUCGGGGAGACAAUUAUCCCAUCUCAAACUCGGCUUGCUCUGCCAUGAUCUUCAAGGAAACAAGGAUAAAUUGUUGAUCAUCACUUCGGAUUGUCAAGUCCGAGUCAUCGGAACCAAAAAUGGCAGAAAUGUCUUCCUUCCUACCACCUUAUCCCCUCUUCUCGACUCCCCUUCAUCCACCACUACUAUCGAUAUCAAAGAAUGCACCCUCCGACCUAACGGUAUACCCAUCAUCGUCACUUCCUUACCUGCAGCGUACGCAUAUGAUCCAUCUGUAUCCGAAUGGACAGUAAUUUCAUCGACACAUCAUGUCCAAUCGAGUCCGCUCACCUCAAGUUCAAAAGGUGUAGUUGGCGAGAUCGAGAGAACAGUCGGAUCAUUAUGGAAAGGCAAGAAGAAGGAUAAUGGCAAUCAAGAGUGGUGGAAUGAAUCCAUGACUAUGGGCCAUUGGGAAACGCGAAUCAAAGCUUGCGUCUUACUUGAUUCGACAGACGAGUAUCAAGAUUAUAUGAUACAAUAUAUCACGUAUGUGGGUAAUCAGGGAUUCAUACAGAGAGCUGAGGAGGUAUUGAGAGAUCUCAUUGGACCUGUUUAUAGGACGUCAAGUACAGUAGAAUGGGAUGAUCAAGUAACAGGACUCAGCAAGAGGGAUGUAGCGCAGGUAUUAGUGGAUUAUUUGGGCAAGACUAAGAGUGGCAAGGAAUUGUCGAGGGAGUAUGCGAUAUUAUUGGGGAGAUUUAAUGGAGAUGGAUGGUGA